AUGCAGCUCCUCCUCCGCCAUGGCUCUGGGCUUCUGCUGGUCCUCCUGGUGGCCAAUUGUUUGGGGCAGCUUGUCGCCUCCGCUCAAGUUCAGCACCCGGUUGGGACGCACACGGUAUGGCUCCCAGCCGUCGCCACCUGGUACGGCAGCCCCGAAGGAGACGGCAGCGACGGCGGAGCAUGUGGAUACGGGUCGAUGGUGGACGUGAAGCCGUUGAGGGCGAGGGUGGGAGCAGUGAACCCGUUGCUGUUCAAGAACGGCGAGGGGUGCGGGGCGUGCUACAAAGUGAAGUGCCUGGACAAGAGCAUAUGCUCGAGAAGAGCGGUGACGAUAAUCGUGACGGACGAGUGCCCCGGUUGCACCAAGGGUAGGACCCAAUUCGAUCUCAGCGGCGCCGCCUUCGGGCGCAUGGCUGUGGCCGGUGAAGGUGGCAUGCUUAGAAACCGAGGCGAACUCUCAGUCCUUUACCGACGGACACCAUGUAAAUAUCCAGGGAGGCAGGUGGCCUUCCAUGUAAAUGAAGGCUCAACGAAUUUUUGGCUAUCCCUUCUGGUCGAGUUUGAGGGUGGAGAUGGAGACGUUGGAUCAAUGCAUAUAAGACCAGCAAGUUCUAGUGAGUGGAUACAGAUGAACCAUGUAUGGGGUGCUAACUGGUGCAUAAAUGGAGGACCCUUAAACGGGCCCUUCUCAGUGAAGAUAACGACGCUCUCAACAGCAAAAACUCUCUCUGCCAGAGAUGUGAUUCCAAGCAAUUGGUCUCCAAAAGCCACUUACACUUCUCGCCUAAAUUUCCACUCCUAG